AUGGGUCAGGAGACUGCAGUGACUGGGAAUAAAAAUGUUGAAGUUUCCCUGUACAAGAAAUUCCCCAAUAUCUCUGGCCUGGCUGGGGGCUCCCUGCUUUCUCCAACAGCUCCCGACUCCCUGCACACAGCUACCAUUCCUACCCGCCGUCGACACCGCACUACCUUCAGCCAGGACCAGCUAGACCAUCUGGAGACAGCAUUUACAAAAAAUCACUACCCUGAUAUUUAUUGCCGAGAGGAACUGGCCAGGGCCACCAAACUCAACGAAGCUCGCAUCCAGGUGUGGUUCCAGAACCGGCGGGCAAAGCAGCGAAAGCAAGAACGGGCCCUGCCAAAGCCAGGCACGCCUGCCAUUCUCUCUAUCUGCCCCAUCCCUGCACCCCCUCCUCGACAGUACCAAUAUUCCCCCACACUUGGGCCACAUCCUCACUUACCCCGCUUCCCUUCCACCUACACUCUACCACCCCCCUCUCCCUCUGCUACUUCUGCCCCUUUUCCUUGUCCUGUCCCCCAUCAUCCUCAAAGCUCUCGUGGUCACGAAGACUGGUAUAGCUCACUGCGCGCCAUGGGCUCUGCAGCUACCCCAUCCAGUUCUGUGAUCUCUCUUAAUCUUGAUCCUGGUGCUCACUGGAAUUAA